GGGGCCGAAGAGUCUGUGCUAAUCCUAGCCAUGGUGAACCCCAUCGUGUACUUCGACAUCACCAUCGAUGGUGAACCCCUGGGCCGCAUCACUUUUGAGCUGUUUGUGGACAAUGUUUCAAAGAUGGCAGAAAACUUUCAUGUUCUGAGCACUGGGGAGCGGGGAUUUAGUUUUAAAGGUUCCUCCUUUCACAGAAUUAUUUCAGAAUUUAUGUGCCAGGGUGGUGACUUCACAUGUUAUAAUGGCCCAGGUGGCAAGUCCAUCUAUGGGGAGAAAUUUGAUGAUGUGAGUUUCAUCCUGAAGCACACAGGUCCUGGCAACUUGUCCAUGGCAAAUGUUGGCCCCAACACAGACAGUUCCCAGUUUUUCAUCUGCACUGCCAAGACUGAGUGGUUGGAUGGCAAGCACGUGGUCUUCGGCUGGGUAAAAGACGGCAUGGAUGUUGAGACAACCAUGGAGAGCUUUGGGUCCAGGAAUGGCAAGACCAGCAAAAAGGUCACCAUUGCUGACUGUGGACAACUCUCAUCAAUUUGA